UGAAGCUAGAAGCUAGAUACCGUGGCUGAGGCUUAUUUUUUGAUUUUUCGUUGGGUUAUCUAAUAUAAAUAUAAUUUUUGUUUUCCGGUUGCACUGAAAUCGUUAACCAACUACACGUGUGUUCAUAUUUGAUAAGAAACCGGGGCGAGUAAAUACGUAAAGAAAUUAGAAAAUAAGUAAUAACAAAUAAUAUAUACAAAAACUAAAGUUGUAGUUUUAUUAUUCAAUAAUAUUAAUAAUGAUUAUAAUGUUAUAGGUAUUUACCUUAAAAGUUCAAAAGCGUUUGAUAAUAAAUCUUUUAUUUUUAAAGAACAAUAAUUUGCAUUAACUCACAUAGACAAUUUAAGAUAUAUUCAUCAUCGUUUGUGUGGAUCAUUUUAUUGAAUAUAGUUAUUACAUAAUAUGGAAGAACUCACUAUGCUACGAUCAAUGUUGGACAUAUUAAAUAGUAAACAUUCUAAAAAAAAAAAAGCCAUUAUAGAAGCACUGCCUAUAUUGUUAGAUACCUAUGAUGUACGUGAAGAAAUAGAUGUUUAUAAUUUGAUUGUGUCUAGUGCAAAAAACUUAUGUUUUCAAGUUUUUGACCCUCAGUUGGAAAGUUUAGCAUGGAAAGAUUCAGAUAUUUCAAUAGAUGAUUUUAACUCCUUAUUAAUUUAUUUCAUUAAUAUUAUUAAAAAACAAAGUAGUGAUGAUAUUAUACAGCUAUUCCAAUUUAGUAUAGAAUUAACAAAUGAAGUUGAUUUCAAAAAUUGUUCCAAUGAAAGAAUAAGGAAUAUUGGAUUUUGCAUGCAAAACAUAUUUAUGCCUUGUAAUGGUAAUAUGGAUGAUAAUACACAACUUAAUCACUUAAGAAAUACAUUAGUAAAUAUACUUAAUGAACCAUACUUAAAUAAAAAUAAGUUAGAUGCUGUAAUAAUCUUAUUAAACAAUAUUGUGUCAACUAAUUAUAUACAUAUUUUAUGGAAACAUAUUAAAUCUAUGAUUGAAACUCAUCCUAAUCGUAUAAUAAAUUUACUGUUCAACAUGCAAACUUUAUUCUUUGAUUCUUCGUGUAUUGAUGUUAUUUUAAAUGAUGACGAUUUUUGGAAUCUAACAUGUAAUUUAUUGACCUGUGAAAAUAAUGUUAUUAGAACUCAUAAUAAUGUCAUACUUAAAUUAUCAUGUUCCCAAUUAUUAAACGAAAAUGUCAAUUACUUCCCAUACUUAUGUAAAGAACAGUUUGUGAAAGUGUGGAACGAUUAUAUAGUUGUCAUGGAAACUUUGGAAAAUACUCAACAACAUUUAACUUUACCAAUUCUGAGUACUGCCAAAAAACUUGCAUUAAGCAAAACUGAUGAUGAUUAUGGUGAAUACAAGUUACCUUUGAAAUGGAUUACAGCUAUGUAUUGUAAAAUGUCUAAGCACAGUUCCAAAUAUGUUGUCUUAGCAAGUAUAGACAUCAUCACAAAUAUGCCAAUAAAAUCACUAAAAACAAAUGAACAACUUUUAGUGUCAUUUGUGGGUUCAUUGAACAACAUAUUUUUGUACAAAAUGUCUAGUGACAUUUUUGUCAACCAACCUCAAUUAGAAAUUAUAUUGUCAUUAUGGUUUAGUAAACUUAUGAUGUCCGAUGAUGGUUGUGAUGUGUUUGGCAAAUUUUUAUUAUAUUUGUCAACUAUUAAGUGGUCAAUUGUACCUUUAACAUUUUUGACAAAAUCAUUAGCUGAUAUUUCACUAGAUCGUCCUUUAGGAUUCAAUAUUAUUAAUCACGUGCUCAAAAUAAAGUCUAUUGUUGAAAAAAUGCCAAAUUCAUAUUUGAAAACUGUUGUAUUAACAUUUAUAUUUACAUUUGCUUGUAAAUUUAGUUGUGAAAUUAAUACUGAAUUUAGUUGUGAUUUAUUUGAUUGCAUAAUUGUAUACAAAAAUGAAACACAAUCUUGGGACUAUAUGAUUAAUUCAAUCCAAAAAAUAAAUAAUUUGAAUUAUUUAGAUAAGCAAUUAUCACUCCGCAUAAAUGAAAAGCAUACAAUUUAUUCAACAUCUAUUGGAUUAUUAGUUUUAUCAAACACUUUUAGUAAUUCUCCGAUCAGCAUAAAAAAGUUGGAUGAAAUUUGUUCUAAGACAUUAGUUAUGUCAGAUCUAUUAGAAUUUUUAGAAUGUUUAUUGGAAGUUGAAGAUCACUUUGGCAGUUAUGACACUUGUGUAAGUCAAAUAUUGAGUAAACAUAUUUGGCCGCUCACAACACGUUGGGUUGACAAAUGUUUUCAAAUACUAGAAGAAAAUCCUUGUGAUAAUCAAUUUAUUUGUCGCUUUCUAGACAAAGUUUUAUCCUCAAACCGAAUAGUCAAUAAUACAAACUCUAUGAAUAUUUGGCUUAAUAAGUGUUAUUCUAUUCUUACGAAAAACUCUGGAAAUUAUUCUAUUUUAGCAAUAUAUAGCUGGAUUGGUAAAUAUGCAACAAAACAUUCGCUUGAAGAUACAUUAAAAAACGAUUGGCUAUCUUUCACUAAAAGUUUCAUUGAUUCUGGAUUUUUUUUUAAUAAAAAUCAAGAUUUUUAUCAUUCAAAAAAACCUGGAAUGCAUCAAAUUCCCCAAUUGGAUAUAAUUAAUACAUUUUUCCAGCAUUCUACAGUACCCAAAGAACAAAUGUUGGGCAUUCUUGAAUGGUUAAUGAAUAAAACUUUAGAACGUCAUGAUCUAUAUUGGAGUAUAUAUUUUUCAACUGCUAAGUCAUUUUUGUAUAAAUUUCCAAUUCAAGAGCAUUCACAGUUAAUAAUACAAUUCAUCGAAAACUGUUGGGAGUUUUUAGUUGAUUGCCGGGUAUCUUGUUUUCCUAAUGCUACCAAAAGUUUUAUUAAAAUGGCAUUUAACUACAAUUUGUUAUUAGAAGAAAAAUAUAUGACAUUUGUCAAAAAUCAGAUUAUCCAAAAUCUUUUAACUGAAAAAUACCGUUAUAAAUUUAGUGUUUGUUUCUCAUUACUUCUUCUUCGAUUUUUGGAAGAAGAUCGAUCCAUUAACAUUUUAGAAUUGAAUAAUUUAAUGCCUGAAUUUUUUUCUAAAUGCAUAUUAUUCAGUAUUGAUCGAUAUGGUGCUAUCAAAAUUGAAUGGGACACACUUGAAUAUGUUCGAACAUUGAAUGAUUUUCCAUUAAUCAAAGAUAUUUCAAUCGAGUGUUUGCCUGAUGAUAAAUAUUUACGUUUUAAUACAAUUAAAUGCUUGUACAAACUAAAUUCCAAUAUUUUAUGGAGAAAUGUUUUAAAUAUAAUUAUAAAAACAGAGUCUUCAUUAAGAGAUAGAAAAUUUUUUCAUAAUUCUAAGGCAUACCGUCUAAAACAACGAGUAGUACAAGUUUUACUUAUUGUUGCAUGUGACAAACAACAUGAGUCAUUCGUAUUUGAUGAAAAUAUAUAUAAAUGGUCAAUAACAAGUUUAAAAGAAAUUUCUCACAUACAUAGUGUUGCAUAUCAAUUAAUAUGGUUAUUGGUUUUAAUAUAUAAUAAAUGUCAAAGUUUUUAUGACUUUUGGAACGACUUCAAAAGUGCUCAGGAAAAUCAUAAUUAUUUGUGCAGCUUUAUAUCCAUAGUAUAUCAUUUGAACAAAAUAAAGAAUAACAAACAAUUCAAAACUGAAGCUAAAAAGAAUCUUUUGCCUUUAUGCUUUUCAAAUGGCUAUAAAAUACGGUUUUAUGCUCAGGCAACAAUUUUUAGAUUAUGUUCUAAUAACCCUGCAGAAAAUGAAUGGUCAUUAUUGUGUGAAACCAUGGGAAGUAUAAUAGAUCAGAAUGAUCAAACUAAAAAGUAUGACAAUCCAUUUCACGACUUUUUCUAUCAAGAAUUAGAUAUGAUAAAUUCUUUGUCUAUAAAGAAUGUAUGUGUAGAGGUACCUAGAUUACUAAAUAUUGUUUAUGAAGAAUGUUUCCCAAUGAAAUGGUUAAAUGAUUUCUCGGAGACUAUGAAUAAUAAUGAUAAAUAUAAUUUGUCACUCUGUGCAGUCUCAUCUUUUAUUGAAAAAAAUACUGCCCCAGGUCUGUUAUCAUCAAAUGAAAUUAUUGUCAUAGACAAUGCCCAAAAUGCUCAAAGGAAGUAUAUUCCAUCUCAACCUUUAGAUGAGCACAAAACUAAAUCAAUGUUAAUAGUUGUCGCAUCUUUGAUAGAUAAAGUUACAAAUUUAGGUGGCUUAGCAAGAACAUGCCAAGUAUUUGGAGCCUCCACUUUAGUUGUUGAUAAUUUAUCAUGUGUUGAAAAAAAAGAAUUUACUGCAUUAAGUAUGACUGCAGAAAAACAUCAAUCUAUUAUUGAGGUUAGACUUAAAAACUUAAAAUCAUAUUUACAAAAAAAGAAAAUUGAAGGGUAUCAAAUUGUGGCAGCGGAACAAACAGUAGAUAGUGUUAAUUUGCAUGAAAUCAACUUGCCAUUUAAAUGUGUUCUACUUCUGGGAAAUGAAACCUCUGGUAUUCCGCACGAUUUGUUAAGCACCAUGGACAUAUGUGUAGAAAUAAAACAAUUAGGUAUCGUCAGAUCAUUAAAUGUGCAUGUGGCUGGUUCAUUAUUUAUUUGGGAAUACACUAAGCAACAUUGUCUACAAUUUUCUAAUUGAUAUAAUUAUUUCAUCCAAGAUUUGAUAAUUCAACAAAUAAUUAAUAAAUACAUUUCAUUUUAGAUUAGAAGGUAUUUUAUGUAUUUAGUAUUAACUAACAAUUUAUUGUAUAACUUUUUUUUGUUCUGUUAUUAUAUUUAGUUUCAAUAAAUAAAGAAAAAAAAACUACAACAAUAAUGUUUUUUUAUAAAAUAAUUUUCAGAUUUUGUUGAUUUUUAAACAACGGUUUAUCUAAAAAUGUGUUACAAUUAUUUGCUUAUUAGUUAUUAACUAUCAGUGUUCACAAAUAAGCUUAAUUUUAUAAUAUAUUAUAAUUUCAAAUUUUUCAAGUAUUUGUAAUAUAUUAAUAUGUAAUAAGUCAUAUGACGUAUUUAUAUAAAUAUUAUUUAUGUUACAUUGCUAUACAUUUACAAGCAUGUAUUACAUAUUAUUCAAUUGUACAAUUGCAUUACCAUAAUAUCACUAUAAUAUUAGUUAUUGAAAUUAUAUUUUUGCAUAUAAUUUAAUUUGCAAUAACAAUUUACCUGUGUUUUUAGUUUGAUAUGUAUAACUAAUGUUCUAUAGUCAUACGAAUAAAAAAAAAAAAAAAUGUUCUACAAAACUACAUUUUAAGAAUCAAAAACAAACAAUUGGGGAACUCAAUCAAGCUGCUGCAUAGAAGAUUUUUAUUAUAAUUUAUAACUAACACACUACAUAGUCAU